UGGGCGGCGGUGUUUGGGACUGCGGUAACCAAGUGUGGAGUAUCGAGAUGUGGGGCUCCCGGAGCCCAUCAGUAUUGCAACUAACCCAGAUGGCUUACGCGGCCGGGUGUGCCCUAUCACCGCUACUGUCCCGGGAAUUUUUGUUGGGUGAUAUGUACCGGCACGGCCACCAUGAUCACGACGAUCAUCACCAUCAUCAAACUAGUCCAAAGCCCCUGCACUACUGGAUGGACAAUAUUACACAUGAGUCAGAUAUUAAUUACUCGGUGGACAGACGCCCGCGACUUAAGAUACCCUAUAUGAUUGUAGGCGCAGUGGGUUUAAUUACACCGGUACUAUUACUGAUCAUGUAUGUGGUCAAGCGAUAUAAAAUGCCAAAAAUGGUUACCAAUACUGAACCAGAUAAAUGUGGGGAAACAACAUUUACACCUAGGACACGUAUGAUCAUGAUCAUAUUAGCUGCAAUGUCACUUAAUUGCUACUCGGGCGUCGAACAAACUUACCAGAAUAAUGGGUCCACAUUUUACCAAUAUGAUCCAUUGGUGCACAUAUCAGCCCAUAAGGCGGCCAAUAUUAUGGCCCUGAUGACUGGGUGCUACGCGCUGGGACCUAUUGCCUCAUCAUUUAUAUCAAGAUGGUUUAGUCCGGAAGUAAUGUUGACGUAUCAUUUGAUUAUUAUAGCCGUAUCGUUUGUGGUGUUGCAAUUUAGCCAGAUGAACAUGAUACGUAUUUGGAUCGUCAACGCGUUUAUAGGUUACGGGUUCUCAGCGAUGUAUCCGUUGUACUAUUCAUUUACGGACAAACAUUUGACGUUCACUAAUAAAAUCUCGUCGAUAGUGUCGAUCGCUUCGCAGUGUUUCCCAUUAAUGUCACCCUUUCUGAUCGGACCCCUCAUUGAAGAUCACCCGCACGUACUGUUGGACCUCGAGUUUGGUUAUCUCGCCGAU